CCGUUCUCCCUGACAACGUUUUUUGAAAUAGCUGUAUAUCACGGUCCUUGUUGAGCUAGACUACUUCAAGAGCGGACAAGAAAAAGGAAACGAGGCGAACGAGAUCUGAAAAGUCCGUGCGCUGUCAGCUUUAUAAAGACUACAUUUCUACAUAUUUCAACGAACUGACUAAGAAUGGAUAGACAACCCAAAAGAGAACAAAUUAAUACCAUUCUAAUAGCAAACCGUGGUGAAAUAGCCUGCAGAAUUGCGGACACGUGCAAAAAACUUGGAAUCAACACAGUGACUGUUUUCACAAAGCAUGACGAGUCAUCCUUACACUGCCGAAUUUCAAAGUCAUCGCAUUUGAUUUCUUCUUAUACUGACACCAAAGAAUACAUCAGAGUAGCCAAGCUAACAAAUGCAGACGCAAUACAUCCGGGAUAUGGGUUCAUGUCAGAAAAUGCAGACUUCGCAUCGCUAUGUGCACAAAAUGCCAUCAUAUUCAUUGGACCAAGUCUCGAAUCUAUUAAAACGUUUGGUAAUAAGCACCACGCUAAGCAGAUUGCUUUGAAAGCAGACAUUCCCAUAAUUCCAGGUUCAGGAAUACUUAGUGGCCCAGAAGAAGCUUUGCAAUGGGCAGCGAGAAUUGGUUAUCCUGUGUUGUUAAAGUCAGUGGGUGGUGGUGGAGGGAUUGGUAUUCGCCCAUGUUUCAGUGAAAUAGAUAUUGCUAAUGAGUUUAACCCACUAUGUUCAUUGGUUGAAAAGCAGUUUGGUGAUGGGAGGUUAAUAAUCGAGAAAUAUCUUCCAUGUGCGCGUCACAUUGAAGUCCAAAUAUUUGGAGAUGGAAAAGGUAAUAUCGCAGUCCUUGGUGAACGAGAGUGCUCCACCCAGCGACGAUAUCAAAAAGUCAUCGAGGAAGCACCUGCCCCAAACCUUGAUAAUGACAUUAAACAGCGCUUAUUUGAAGCAUCUCGUCGCCUUUGCUCAAUCGCAAAAUACGAAUCUGUUGGCACUGUGGAGUUUAUUGUUAAUGUUGAUCAGAACACCAGCUGUGAAUUCUAUUUUAUGGAAGUAAAUACUCGCAUACAGGUUGAGCAUCAAGUUACCGAGCUAACACAUGGCAACUUAGAUAUUGUUGAGCUGAUGAUUCGACAAUGUACUACCGAUAACUCCAGCAUGGAUGACAUUGAAAAGAGGUACCAAUCCAACGGCCAUGCCAUAGAAAUUCGCAUCUACGCUGAAGACCCACACAGUGGAUUUACAGCUAGUUCAGGAGUUAUCCAAGAAUUUUCCUUCCCAAUUCAACACAGAGGCUUCAAGCUGUGGUCGACGGUCCAAAGAGGAACUGAAAUUGGUAUGCUGUACGACCCCAUGAUUGCAAAGGUCCUUCAGUGGGGUCCUACUAGAGAAAAAGCCAUUGAAUUGCUCCUUGAUAGUCUUGAAAAUGCUCAGGUCUAUGGCCCCGUCAACAAUCUAGAAUACGUUAUGGAAUUUAUGAAAACAAAGUCAUUUGCCAGCGGUCAAGUGAUGACAACAACUUUGGAAAGCUUUCAGUUCGCUCCAAAUGCCUUUAAAGUCGUUAAAUCAGGAUUUUUAACGUCAGUUCAAUGUUAUCCUGGAAGAGAGAAAAGGGGCCUUUGGCGUGUGGGAGUUCCUCCUUCCGCGGCAGCCGAUUCUCUCUCUUGUAAGCUGUCUAAUCGCUUGGUUGGUAACAAUCUUGACGAAGCAGUCUUGGAAUGCACAAUUAAGGGCCCAACUCUUAAGUUCUUUAGAGAAGCAAUAAUCUGCCUUACUGGUGCUCAAGCUGAAUUUCUUGUUGAUGGUAAGCUAACACCAAUGUGGAAAAGUAUCUGCGUUCCUCAAGGAGGAACUGUAGAGAUUGGUAAAUUAUCUGGAAAGACGGGCAGCCGUAUGUAUUUGUCAAUCAAAGGCGGUAUCGACGUGCCUACGUACUUGGGCUGUAAAUCUACUUUCUUAAACGCAUCGUAUGGUGGAUACCAAGGACGGAAAAUCCUACCAGGAGACCUCAUAAAGAUUGGAGCAAGCAAUGGUGAUUCAUCAUUUAAUGUUCUUGAGAGAAUUCCCGUGUUUACUAACGACUGGGAGGUCAAGGUUUUGCCUGGCCCUUAUGCAAAUCCCGACUACUUCACUGAUGCUGGUAUGGAAUCGUUCUACUCGACACAGUGGAAAGUCCACCAUGAAUCGAACAGACUGGGAAUACGACUUCUUGGACCAUCGCCUUCAUUUUCAAGGACAGAUGGCGGAGAAGGAGGCAGUCAUCCAUCAAAUGUCCACGACUAUGUAUAUUCUAUUGGCUCAGUGAAUUUUACAGGUAACAUGCCAAUCAUCAUUGGUACGGAUGGACCAAGUUUAGGAGGUUUUGUUUGCCCCUGUACUAUAACAGAAGCCGAAUUAUGGAAGGUUGGCCAAUUUCGUCCAGGUGAUACAGUACAAUUUGUUAAAACGACCAUCGACAGCGCUUUAAAAGAGAGGAACGAACAGGAAGAAGGAAUCAAGACAUUAUGGAAUUCAGACGAACAACUGAUAACAUCACACAAAACGGCAUUGACAACACAAGCAAUCCUAAAACACGUCCCUACGUCAUCAAGUCAUCCAGGAAUGCACAUACGACUAUCAGGCGAUAGAUAUGUCCUAGUUGAGUAUGGACCCAUGGUACUGGACCUUACCCUACGAUUCCGUGUUCAUUUUCUUGAAAAACGCCUGCUAGAAUCAAGUAUACAUGGAAUAGAAGAAACAGCCCCAGGUGUACGGUCAAUCCAAGUGCGAUUUGAUGCAAUGGUGAUAUCAUUUGACAACCUUGUGGAUGUCAUUAGUAAAAUUGAUGAACAUCUUCCUGAUAUCACAAAGCUUGUUGUACCAACACGUGUUAUACAUCUCCCGAUGUGUUUCAACUACAGCGGGGUGGACAUGGCCAUACGACGUUACAUGGACAGUGUUCGACAAAAUGCUCCCUACUUGCCUUCUAACAUUGAAUUCAUUAGGAGGAACAAUGGCUUAGAAAACAUAAAAGAUGUAAAGACAAGGGUGUUUUCAGCCUCCUAUAUGUGUUUAGGUCUUGGAGAUGUUUAUCUUGGGGCCCCGUGCGCUGUUCCUGUGAACCCGCUGCAUCGCGUAGUAGUACCCAAGUACAAUCCCGCAAGAACUUUCACUCAAGAAGGAACGGUGGGUCUUGGUGGUUCCUACAUGUGUAUUUACCCGAUGAACAGUCCUGGCGGCUAUCAGCUCGUUGGUCGUACGCUACCAAUAUGGAACACUUACGCUAAUGGUAGUCCACUUUUCUCAGCAACAAAGCCUUGGUUGUUAGAAAUGUUUGAUCAGGUCCGCUUCUACGAAGUGUCAGAAGAUGAGCUGGAUGAAAUGCGCAACAACUUCUCCAUCGGGAAGUUAGACAUCAAGAUCGACUUCGAAAAUUUUAGUAUCGAGAAGUACAACGACUUUUCUCAAAGCAUCGAGAGCGAGGUCGUGUGCUACAAACAACAACAGAAAUCAGCAUCAGAGAUGAUGAUGAUCAAAGAGGAGGAGGGGAGUCUUGCUCUUCUGAAACCAGACCAGCCUGAGGGUAUCGAUAUCAUGAUGGUUGGUAGGGAUGAAGAUGGGACGUUAAAGGAAGGUGAAUUAGGAAUUUAUGCCGAUAUUCCUGGAAAACUAAGCCAACUAAUGAUAAAUGAAGGUGAUACCGUGUCCAUGAACCAAGCAUUGUUGGUUAUUUCAGCAAUGAAGAUGGAGAAUACAGUAUACAGUUCUGAGGCCGGCUUCAUAAGAAAAAUUUAUGUCUCCGAAAACCAAAUGGUUCGAAUUGGUACUCUUUUAAUGGCAAUCAAGAAAAGUGGUUCACAUGAUCACUAGAAUGGCUCAGAUGCCUUCCAUCAAAAACUCAUUCAUCAGUUAACCAGACAUUAUUGCCGUUUAAGUCAAUCAGUUAACCAGUCACUUUGCCGUCUAAGUCAAUCAGUAAACCAGACAUUAGAGUCAAUUUCGUAUGAGUGGGACACCGUUACCGCACGGUUACCGCACAGUUACCGGACCUGGCCUGCACAAUUUUUAUGAACCAAUGGGCACUAGAAUUUGGUUACAGUACUAUUACGGUUACAGUACAGUACCGUCCGUUUCCCACUCAUACGAAAUCCUCUCUAUUGCUGUCUAAGUCAAUCAGUAAACCAGACACUUUGCUGUCUAAGUCAAUCAGUAAACCAGACACUUUGCUGUCUUAGUCAAUCAGUAAACCAGACACUUUUGUUGUCUUAGUCAAUCAGUAAACCAGACACUUUGCUGUCUUAGUCAAUCAGUAAACUAGACACUUUGCUGUCUUAUAGUCAAUCAGUAAACCAGACACUUUGCUGUCUCAGUCAAUCAGUAAACCAGACACUUUGCCGUCAAUCAGGUUAAUCAGACAAUAUUAACUAUUUCUAGUAGUUUCUUUCAAGUGAAGUGCUGCGAGCAAAGGCACUUGAUAUAGUGGUGUGUGAAAAAUAGAGAAACUAUUAAUAUUAUUUACUAUAAAGUAGUUGAUAUCUCUUGUAUGGUGAAGGACUCUAAAGCACUGCGUGAUUUUUAAUAAAAUUACAUGUAACAGUUGGUA